AUGUCUGUCAGGCAGUCGAGGUCACCGGACAAUCCUGGGCAUGAAGAUUCUCAGCAGCCUCGUAGGAACGUCAAAGCCGGAUCAAAGAAAAGAGAAACCUCCAAUGCAGAUUUUUUAUGGAUCAAUGUGCAGGAUGAGGACCCCCACGAUCGGGAUGCUUCCCGGGAGAAGCAAGCUUUCAUCAGAACGAGGCAUCAUCGGCUUAGAAAAGAGUCAAAACUACGAAGCUCAGAAUCUACAACGGAAGCACAGUCACACUACGAUAGUCCAGCCACUGAAGAUUCGUCCAGUCAAAGUGAGGAUGACCAGUAUGUCUCCUCGACCAAGGAGCAGUCUCCGCCUCUGUGUCAACCGCUUGACCAGAGCAUCGCCCUGGCUUUCCCCUACCUCGCACGCACAACAAAUCAGAGCAUGACAAUGUAUCUUCAACACUACCAAGCGCAUGCGACUAAACUCUGUUUCCCAAUUGGGGAUACUCACAUUACAUUUCGAUACCUGCGAAUGGCCCUAGAUCAUCCAGCCCUGAUACAAAUUCUCCUCUCGACCAGUGCAUUUCAUCGCGCCACCUUGCAUCAUGUGAGCGGCGCACCAUCUCAGAUGAUUCGUAGUUCGACACAGGACGCUAUACGGUUACGAUCAGACACGAUCAAAUCGAUUCAGGGGAUUCUGGUCGAGCCGUACAAGUUUUACUCGGAAAUCACUCUCAGGGUGAUUGCACAUAUUAUGUGUGUCGAGGCAGCCGAGGCCAACAUGCAAGCAGUUCAUGCUCAUGAGAGAGCGAUCAAAAAAAUCAUUGACGGACUGGGAGGUCUCGACAAUUUGGGAUAUGAUUCUCUCUCCAUUCUACACGUAUGCGAUCUGAUGCGAGGGCUUACCAGUGACACGCCCCUCCAACUGAACAAAUCCUGGAAAUGGGAACUCAAAGUCCGCACCGAGUGCCUGUUCCUACACGAGGAGCAUGAAAUUCCUCCCUCAUCGUUUGUCGGAAGACGCUUCUUCAAUUCUCCUUGGUCUGCAGGUCUUCAUCCCCAAUUGGUUCCCACCCUUCGUUCAUUACAAAAGCUGGUCUCGCUCUACGAAGGAGUGACUUCCUCAACCUGGACCCAAACCCGCAUGGACAACGAUGGCCUGCUACUAUUAGAUCAUGAGCUACUCGCCAUAGCCCACGACUGCUCGCUGCCCGCGUUUCAGGACACUCUUCGUCUGACAGUGCUGAUCUACACCGUCGUCCGAAUCCGAGGAUUCAGUGGCAUGCCAUGCGCAGACAUUUUUGUGGACACCCUUCGCAGAAGUCUACAGCGAAGCUUUCUCUUUCUUGAUGGGAAUGCGCCUGAUCUUCUGCUAUGGAUUUUUUUCAUCGGCAGUCUUGCCUCCAGAGGCCGGCGGUACCAUGCAUGGUUUCUGCUGCGAUUGCAGGUGGCGGCGCGCAAAUUGUCCCUUGAGCAGUGGGACCGUGCGGUUCUCGUCUUGCAGGAAUAUCUCUUUGUGUACAGACCAACGGACGGAUUUGUCAAGGAGAUGUGGGAGUUUGCGAUGCGGGAAAAAGUGGUGGAAGUCUAA